CUGACUCUCGCGGAAGUGGAGCGGCGAUGGAGCGGAGGGGUUGUGGCUGGCUGCUCGGGUUUCUGAUCGCCGGGUCGGCGCUGCUCCGGGGAACCCGGGGGCUGGAGAACGGGCUGGCCCGGACCCCGGUCAUGGGCUGGCUGCACUGGGAGAGGUUCAUGUGUAAUGUCGACUGCCGGAGCGAUCCCCACAACUGCAUCAGCGAGCAACUCUACAUGCAGAUGGCUGACAUCAUGGCAGUGGAGGGCUGGAAGGAUGCUGGCUACGAAUACGUCUGUAUCGAUGACUGCUGGCUGGCAGCCAGGAGGGACAGUAACAAUCGCCUGCAGCCCGACCCCCUGCGCUUCCCCAGCGGGAUAAAACACCUGGCUGACUAUGUGCACUCUAAAGGCCUGAAGCUGGGCAUCUAUCAGGAUGUGGGCACCCAUACCUGUGCCGGGUAUCCGGGCAGUUUUGGCUUUUACGAGCUGGAUGCUAAGACCUUUGCUGAGUGGGGCGUGGACCUGCUGAAGUUUGAUGGCUGCAAUUUCAUUAACAUAGACCUGCUGAUCGAAGGUUACAAGAACAUGUCUCUGGCCUUGAAUCGGACGGGCCGAAGUAUUGUAUACUCCUGUGAGUGGCCUUUAUACCUCCGGCCUUUUCAGCAGCCCAAUUACACGGACAUCAAGAAUCACUGCAACCAGUGGAGGAACUACAUUGAUAUCAGUGACUCGUGGAGCUCACUGAAAAGCAUCAUUAGUUGGACAGCCACACACCAGAAUGUGAUUCAGUCUGUGGCAGGACCUGGUGGCUGGAACGACCCAGAUAUGCUUGUCAUUGGUAACUUUGGGCUGAGCAGGAACCAGCAGGUGACCCAGAUGGCACUGUGGGCUAUCAUGGCAGCCCCUCUGCUGAUGUCAAAUGACCUUCGCAACCUCAACCCCGAGUCCAAGGCACUGCUUCAGAACCCGUUUGUCAUCGCCAUUAACCAGGACCCUCUGGGAAUCCAAGGUCAUCGCGUGACCAAGCAAGGCAACUUUGAUCUGUGGUCGCGGCCGCUGGCGGGCGGGGGCUUUGCUUAUGCCAUCAUCAACUGGGCAGAGAUCGGUGGCCCAGAGAAGUUCCCCAUCGUCAUGUUCGGACUGGACGAGGGCAAAGCCUGCAAGGAGAAAUGCCUGGUCACAGAGAUCCUUCCUGAUGUCCAGUUCCAGGGAAUCAAGAGCCGGUCAUCUGUGGUGGACUUCUGGGUGAACCCCACCGGCACUGUCCUCUUCACCGUUUUCCCCCAUAGCUCGAAGCCGUCACUCAAGGUGCAAUCGCUGCGGCGCCGUCACAGACACAAGAGUGAGGUUGUGAAGAUGACUGCCCUACAGCAGCAGUAACAAACGUUGCCUCUUCUCACACCGUGACCUGGCCAAGUCUUUAUUAAUGGUGUAGAAUUUGAUAUGAGAAUGCACACAUUGUGUAUGAGAUACAGAAUCGAGAGUGUUGGUGCUGGGGACAGGGUUUUGGAAUGGUUAUGAGUUGCAGGGAUGGUCCCAUAGAGUCAUAUAGCAAUGAAACAGGCCAUUCAGCCCUAGUCAUCCAUGCUAACCAUUCCUAGUUGUUCGUUUUUCCGGCACUUGAUCCAUAGCCUUCUAUGUCUAGCUGAUUCAAGUGUUCGUCAAGACUUUAAUGUUGAUAAUCACUCACCCACUCUCUUAGGCAAGCACCCUGGGUACUCACAUCUCUCUCUCCCUCGGUGAAGAAGGCUCACGCUAGCUCAUCUUUGAAACUCUUAUCCCUUAUGCCAAACUACAUCCUCUGGUUUUAUCUACGUCUGCUGUGGGAAAAUGUUUCCUGCAGUCACUUUCAGUGAGGUUUCCCUGCGGAAAGGUCGGCUGCAGCAGCUCCCGGUCACUUUCAGUGAGGUUUCCUUGCAGAAAGGUCGGCUGCAGCAGCUCCCGGUCACUUUCAGUGAGGUUUCCCUGCGGAAAGGUCGGCUGCAGCAGCUCCCGGUCACUUUCAGUGAGGUUUCCCUGCGGAAAGGUCGGCUGCAGCAGCUCCCGGUCACUUUCAGUGAGGUUUCCCUGCGGAAAGGUCGGCUGCAGCAGCUCCCGGUCACUUUCAGUGAGGUUUCCUUGCAGAAAGGUCGGCUGCAGCAGCUCCCGGUCACUUUCAGUGAGGUUUCCCUGCGGAAAGGUCGGCUGCAGCAGCUCCCGGUCACUUUCAGUGAGGUUUCCCUGCGGAAAGGUCGGCUGCAGCAGCUCCCGGUCACUUUCAGUGAGGUUUCCCUGCGGAAAGGUCGGCUGCAGCAGCUCCCGGUCACUUUCAGUGAGGUUUCCCUGCGGAAAGGUCGGCUGCAGCAGCUCCCGGUCACUUUCAGUGAGGUUUCCCUGCGGAAAGGUCGGCUGCAGCAGCUCCCGGUCACUUUCAAUGAGGUUUCCCUGCGGAAAGGUCGGCUGCAGCAGCUCCCGGUCACUUUCCCAGCGGAAAGGUGCAGCGCCUGCUUCUCCUGCAGUCUGGGUUUUGUAACUGGAACGGAACUCUGCCUCUCGUUCUAUCAAUAACAACCUCACCCUGAACAUCCUGCUUCCCAAGAGGUCAGGUGCUGACCCUUGAUGUUGGGAGGGUACGUGUGCGUGCAUGUGUAUGGGAUCCUGUCCUGUUGUCCCCUGGUAUUCCCCACUGGACAGUGUGUGGCUGGGAGUCUCUUUGUACAAUGAUUUUUAUCUUUAUCCCUGAGCUGGUUCUGCUGACAGUUAGGGUCCAAGUAUGCUUAUCUAUGUGUUUAUGGCAGAGCUACUGUUAAACACAAAGGAUUGCUCACCAGUCUCUGAGCAGACCAGGGCUGAACUAUCACAUUCUUUUUGCCCCAUAGUCUUCUAGGUUGGGCUGUCAGCUUUGCAGGUUCCUGUGCAAGACUGACCCAAUUCAUUCAACUGUCUUAACUCUUCCCAACCAUCAGAAGCUGCCCGUCUGAGACAGUAUGGUUCCGUGGACAGAGCUCAAUGCAUGGAGAUUCCCUGCAUCUCCCUUGUCAACCCCCCUCCUGACUCCCACACCCACACCACAAGUGCUCCCUGGGUUCCUGCUGCCCCACAGAGUAUUUACUUACUGACAAGUGUGAUUUUUUUUCCCAGUUGAUUUUUGCCAUAACUGAUUUCUCUUUUAUUGAAGAAUAUAUUUUGCAAUAGAUCUAUAAUUGAUUUGCAGUAACAAGGUGAGAAGAGAUUAACAAUUCUCACAUCAGGACAUGAGCUAGAAGCAGGUGUGGGCCAUUUGGCCAUGAAAUCUGCUUCACAAUUCAGUAAGCAGCAACUUGGGUUCUAGUCUUCUGUACAAAGCCAAUUAUCUAUGAUGUAAUAAACGUUUUAUUGAAUUUUA